AUGGAGGAGAUUUUCGCUCUGAUAGUCUCAAUGAUUCUCAUAGCUGCGGUGAUUCCUUUGCUCUUGUGGAAACGUCGGAUAGAUAGUAGAUCGCGCGAGGAAGUUGCAGAACCGCCGCAGGCUCAACCGCGUGAAAACGUGGUACGUGGUGGUGGUAAUGCACGUAGAAUGCGUCGGAGACCUGCUACAGCUUCUGGUGCUAGCUCCUCAUCUGCUGCAUCCAAUGUUCAAGAAAACAUCAGUGGGAGUGAAGAUGAGGAUGAAGAUGAAGCUGGUGGAAAUCAAGCAAGAGCUUCAAAGAAGAAAGAGAAGAAGCGACAAGAACGAGAAGCACAAAGACAGGCUGAAGAAGCUACACGUGAGUCAAGGAACACAAAACAAGAUUGGUAUGCAGACAUGAGGAGGAAGAAGGAUGAGGAGCGUGAGGCAGAGGAGCAGAAACUGGAAGAAGAAGAAAAAGCACGACAAGCUAAAGAAGAAGAGGCAGCUGCGUUAGAGUUUGACAAAUGGAAAGGGGAAUUCUCAGUUGAUGCUGAAGGUACUACAGAGGAAGUACAAGGUGGAAGUCAAGAUCUGCUUUCAGAUUUUGUUGAAUACAUAAAGAAACAGAAAUGUGUUCCACUUGAAGAUCUCGCUGCAGAAUUUCAUCUACGAACUCAGGAAUGCAUCAACAGGAUCGCCUCUUUGGAGAGCAUUGGGCGGCUCUCGGGGGUGAUGGACGAUAGAGGAAAAUACAUAUACAUAUCAAUGGAAGAGAUGAAUGCGGUUGCGGAUUACAUCAAACGUCAAGGAAGAGUUAGUAUCUCACAUCUAGCAAGCAAGUCGAACCAGUUCAUCGACUUGGAGCCCAAAGUAGAACAUCAGCUUACUGAAGAAAUCAGUGGCAUGGGAGAGAUCUCGGUUUCUUAG